UGCAGUUAGUAGAGUAUCUGGUCAGAAGUUCACAAUAUAUUUAUACAACUCUACACACUCCUGCACCACUAAACUAUAUUUCUACAUUCACAAAUCUGUAUUGGUUAUUGGUCCAAUGCUUGUCAAUGCAUUUAUUUACCCCAGUAUUUGAGAUUGUUGGACAAUUUGUCUACCAUGUGAAGGGUAGAUUGUAAGGUUUCACUGAGAAAAAGACAAGAGACAAACUAAGAGGAGGACAUGUUGCAAGAACUUAUACUUAUUUGUGCAACAUUACAACUUCUAACUGUCAUUAUUACCGUAAGAUGGUUUGCCACAUGAUCCUUUUCUGUAACUGAACUUCGAAGCUCUUCUGCAUUCCUUGCCCAUAUAAACCUGAGUUCUUCUGUUGGAGUGACUGAAACAGUUCAUCGGGGACUGAUCAUGGCAACCUCCUCAGUCAUUCUGCUCGUCUGCCUACUGGGCACGCUUAACACAGUCCAGUGUCAGCACGAAGAGUUGCAGGCAAAUCCAGAGGAUGUUGAAAAAAAUGGCAAAAUUGACAGCAUCCCUGUGGAUGACAACUACACAGUGUCCGCUCUAAUCGAAAGGGCCAACAAGAAUGCAGGGCAGGAACUUGAUGAUCUGGAGAUCGUGGAGGGUGAUAUUGCCGUGUACACUGGGCUCCAGAAUGCUGACCCUUGCACCUCCCGUGGCUGCAAAUGGCAACGCUCCAGUAAUGGCAAUGUCUAUGUUCCAUACAUCAUCGCCAAGCAGUACUCCUCCCAGCAGAAGGCCACCAUUGAGAAGGGCUUGCAGUCUUUUGCCCAGUCCACCUGCAUCCGCUUCACAAGACGUACAUCGCAGAAAGACUAUGUUAACAUCCAGUCACGCCAAGGGUGCUGGUCCUACGUUGGGCGUAGAGGUGGAGAGCAGGUGGUGUCCCUGGCUAGGAGUGGGUGUGUUUACCACCAGGUAGUCCAGCACGAGCUGCUGCACGCCCUGGGCUUCAACCACGAGCAGACACGCAGCGACCGUGACUCACACGUCCGUAUUAUCUAUAAAAACAUCAUCAAGGGACUAGAGUACGCCUUCAAUAAGAUUGAUACCAACAACCUGGGUACUCCCUAUGACUACGGCUCAGUCAUGCAAUACGAUCGGUAUGCCUUUUCCCGCAACCAGCAGCCCACCAUCGUCCCCAUUCCCGACCCCAAUGCGGUCAUCGGGAAGGCCUCCGAAAUGAGCCGCAUUGACAUCAUGCGAGUUAACCUCCUCUAUGGAUGCAAACUGUAGCAUCAUUGCUCACCCCACAGCCUUACUGCGGUAUACCAUUAAACAUACAUAUUCACAGUAUUAGUAUGUGGAGUAGUGAGUAUGUGGAGUUGUACUGUAUUUCAAGAAACUUUCAAGAGAUGAGCUGCUGCUUUUUGCUUUCUGUUUUUCUCCAGAAUGAAUGGCGCCAUAGCUGGCAACAUGAACACAUCGCUCUAGGCCUUCACCAUAAGAAGUGGCUUUUCCAGCUCAAUUGCAUAAAUGAAUGCAGGAUGUUUGAAUAAACAGUUUAAUUGUG